CUCGUCGGGACCCAAAAAAUAUUGACAGAAAAAAUUAAAACAGAAAAGAAAAAGAUUAUUAUUUUUUCAACGUAGGUGGCGCCGUCUCUGCUCGAGAAAUUUGUUGCCUUGACUGCGAUUCUGUUGUCAACAACGCAGAUUGCUGCAAAAACUUCGACAAAUGUGCUAACUUUAACGAAUUCAUCAUGUACAGUGACGUCAUCAACCUCCCUAGGGAACAUGUGAAACACUCCCUACUGUUUGAUUAGUGCUUCCAACAAUAUUUAAUAUUGACAUUUAUUUUUAUUUCUACAAAGUGGAUAAAAUGUCACAAGUAAAAGAAGAAGACCAAUUAAAUGCUUUGGGAACUUCAGAGUCCAACAGCGUUCAAGUUGUGAUAGAGCCUGCCACUCCUAAUGAGAAGAAAAGAGGUAGAGCAAAAGAAAUCUUGAAUAUGGAAGAGACUCAACAGAACGGGAAAGAUGGAAAAGAAAUGUUUGAAAUGGCCUCAGAACAUGAAUUAGACAAUUGUACACAAGUACCAGCAGAUGAAUCUAGAAGUGACAAUUCUAAUAAUGACAUUGCACAGAAAAGUCAUUUGGAACUUAAUCAGCCUGUGGAAAUAGACAAUGCAAAUGGCCCACAAGUGGCAAAUGUAUGUGACUCGACAAACUCAUUAGUUCAAAAUUCUUCAGGAAAUUUAGAAAAGGACAGUCAAGAUGAGAUAGAAAGACAACCAUCAUCUGAAGUCAAGAUGGAUGAAACAGAGGGACCUGAAAUUGCAGUUAGUACGGAACACAGAGAUUCUGCUUCUGAAGUUGAAGAAUUAGAGCAGUCAAAAUCAGAAAGUUCAAACUCAUCAGCACCUCUCAGUGGUACUGAGCAUGAAUUGCAGGAUGAAAAUAAAGAAGUAAUAGAAGAAAAUGUCAAUAAUAAAAUGGAUGGAUCUUUUAGUAAUACAAAGAAAGAUGAAAGUAAUGAAGUAAAAGAAGAAGAUGUCAAUAAUAAACUGGAUGGAUCUUUUAGUAAUACAAAGAAAGAUGAAAGUAAUGAAGUAAAAGAAGCAGAUGUCAAUAAUAAACUGGAUGGAUCUUUAAGUAAUACGAAAAAAGAUGAAAGUGAUGAAGUAAAAGAAGAAGAUGUUGACAAUGAAAUGGAUGGAUCUUCUAGUAAUACAAAGACAGACAAUGAGACGAGAUUCCAGGUAACAACAGACAUUCUUACUGAAGAUAUGGAACCAGGACCACAAGGUAAUGAAUCCUCUUUGGAGGGAUCAGUGGGAGAUAAGGAGAGAACAAUUAAAACUCCAGAGAGUAUUGCAGUGUCUGUGGAUCUUUCUGUCAAUAAUCUUGCCCCAGGCCAAUCUUUAUCAAGAAUGAGCAAUAAAUCAGAAUUUGUGUACAAUGAGCAUGACUUUCCAACGCCUGAUUAUGACAUUUAUGGACCUACACCCACUCCUAUGGCUAGUGAUAGGAGGCAGUUUAGUCCUAGUAAGCGGGAAGGCCACACUGUCAGCAGAGGGGAAGGUGCAAAGAGUGUUACAUUUGCAGAUGAAAUAAGCAAAGGCAGUGAAGUUGACCCUGAUAACAAGGAUUCAGGCAAUCUAUCAGAUAAAGAGGAACCAGAUAGAGAGGAUCAAGACCAGGACUCCGCGGUUGCAGACCAAGAAAAACAGGAAGAAGAAGAAGCAGAACAAAUUACAGAGCAGGAGAAUGAUGAGAGCAGAGAUAUAUUCCCUACAGCUGUGAGUGAAGAGACGAUUGCUGAAGCAAAGAGAAAACAACAAGAUGGUCUUACUCAGAAAGAAAGUUUGGCAAUUGAGUUCUUUGGUGCUUCAAAGUUUGAGCCUGAAUCUAUGGAAGAUGUGGUUACCAAGAAGGCCUACCAACAUUUUGAAGUUGGAUGUCGGUUAGUGGAUGAAGGUGAUUACAGACGGGCAGUGAUCAGCUUGGAUAAGGGUCUUAAUCUCUUACCUAAAGAAGUCAAGUUCUAUCUGAUGAGAGGAGAAGCAUAUCUUCAACUGUGUGACUUUCAGUCAGCUAUUCUCAAUCUAAAGAAAGCAUGUGUUCUUCAGCCUGAUAAUCAUGACUACUAUGCACGCCUGGCAUUUGUUUAUUACUUUCAGGGCCAAAGUUUGUUUGACCAAUGUUUGUUUCCUGAGGCUCUGGAAUCCUUCUCUAGGGCAGCUGAAAUGAGGCCUGAGAUUAUAGCCUAUCAUACUAGAAGCAUUGCUUGUCUAGCUGCCUUACAGCGCCAUGGAGAAUGUCUAGCUUUGGUGAAUAAACGGUUAGAAACUGAAAGGACCAAUCCUGAUCUAUACAUCAUGAGAGCCAGACUUCAUCAACUCUUUAGAAAUACUACCCUAUGUUACUAUGACCUGAAGGACGCGCUAGCACUGAACCCUGAUCAAAUAGAAGCCAAGACUUUGAUGAAGGAACUGGAGCAGAAAGCAGAGGAGAAUAGAAACCAUGCAACCAGACUUCAACUUCAGGGAAAAUUUAAGGACAGCCUUACCAAGAUUACCAUCGCUAUAGAGAUGAACCCAUCAGUGUCAGAUUAUCAUCUUCAGAGGGGAGCCCUUCAUCGUCGUCUUCAUGACUACAAUGCUGCUAUUGAUGACUUUCUCCUUGCUAUGGACAAGACAGAACACAAUGAGUAUAGCACUGUGUAUACCGAUGCUCAACGACAGCUUCUUCUAACAUAUAAUGACUUUGCUGUGGAGUGCUUUGUAGGAGGUCAUUUUGAAGAAGCCAUUUUACUUUUGAAUAAAGCAUUAAAAGGAGAGAAGAGAGAAAAGGGGCUCUACAUUAAUCGAGGAGAUUGCUUCUUUCGUCUACAAGAGCUUCACUUUGCAUUAGCAGACUACCAUCAAGCUUCUGAACUCGAUGGAUGUGAUGCUGGUAUAAGAUCUAGAGUAGCUGCUAUCCAUAAUCAGUUUGGUUUACAGGAUUAUGAAGAGCAUAGUUAUCAAGAUGCAGAAGCUAGAUUUACUGUUGCUAUACAACAUAAUCCAAAGCAUGGAACAUACUACAUCUCACGCUGUAAAGUCAGGCUUAUGAUGGAGAAUCAGAACGGAGCAAGACAAGACUUUCUAAUGGGGCUUCACCUCGACUCCUCAAACACAGAGAUUCUAACUCUAAUGCCUCGUAUAUACCCUGGCAAGUCUGUUGGUGAUGUGAUGAGAACCAAACAUGCCAAGGAAGCCAAGAUAGCCGCUGAUAAUGCCGUCAUAACAGCAUCACCUAUCAUACUACCGGCUAUGGGCAGUUCUGCACAGGAUAGUCGAGAAGGCGGCCUCUUUCACACUGAUGGCAGUAAACGGGUUAACUUUGAUCCAGGAUUGAUAUCAGACACAGCCGUCCCUCCUCUGAAGUACUGUAUGAAUGAACAAGACUUCAACAGGGCCUUGACAAAACAAAAGAAAAAGAUUUCAAACCAUGUGAAGACUCUUCUUAAUGAGCGAGGAUCAAUGCGUGCAGAGAAGCCCAAACUGAAUCCUGUACCUCCUCCUAGACCCUAUGAAGUAAAAGGAGGUCAUUGGAAGAACCCAGAACCUGCUAUCAAACCUGGCUGGAGAACUUUUAGCCUUGGUAUUGGACUUAUGGAAUAGACAUGGACUAUUGCACACAAGCAAAGAAAUCAAAUUUUGUCAAUGUUAUUGCAAUCUACUGACAUGUAUGAACCAAGCUGAGGCUAUGUAUGAAGAAAAAAAAGAAACGACUCUGCUUUGUUUCUCUCCAAUGAUUAAAUGGGAUACCACCAAUAGCAGAAAUCAUCAGAACCUGUCAUAGGUCAUGAUGUGUGAGCUAAAUUAUAGGC